CGCCGUUUUAUUUUAAGAACAAACUACGUUUUUGGAAAGUUUUUUUACAAUUAAAAAUAGUUUAUUCGCUUUGUCGGAGAUAUAAAAAUGAUAAUGAAAGGGGAUUGGUCGGCGGCGAGAAGACCGAAUCUACAAGACAUCAUUUCCGAUGACCUAAACAUUGAAGUCUGGUCGGCGAUGAUGAAAACCACGCUAACGGAGAAAGGACUUUGGGAUGUGGUUGCGAAUGAAAUCCCGCCAGAUCCAUCGAAGAUUCCAGAGUUGGCUGCGAAGAUUCAAGCCGAAGAGCUUUGCAAUUGGAGAGAACUUGCGAGAGAAGACAUGAAAGCACUCCAAAUAUUGCAGUCUUCCCUCACAGAUUCUGUUUUUAGAAUGACUCUCUCUGCUGCUUCGGCUAAGGAUCUUUGGGAUAUGCUAAACGAAGUACCUGAUCAUGUAGUUGAAUGUUUUGUUGAUGAUAAUAGCCCAGUUUAUGAGAAUGUCUGGAAGAUAAGCUCCACUAACUCGAAUCAUAUAACUUCAUAUGAGAAGUUUUUCACUACUUUAGACAGAUCGCGGAAAGCUAUGGUUAGAUUCACAAAUGGAGAUACUACCAUGGCAGAAGGCAUUGGAGAUGUGACUAUCAUGACUCAAGAAGGUAAGAAGACGAUCAAGAAUGUGCUUUACGUUCCAGGGGUCGUGGGAAAUGCAUUGAGUGUUUCCCAGAUGCUGAGGAGCGGCUUUGAAGUUAGAAUGGAUAGAGAAAGAUGCACUAUAUGGGAUCGGAGGGCUGGGAAUUAUUUUGGUGAAACCAUGUUGGGAGAGAGAGGCUUUUGCCUGCGUUUGGAUGUGAUUGAAGGUCAUUUUCAAAGCAAGAAGAGAAAAUUUACUUAAGAUGUGAUUUUAGAGGCAGGACAAUAGACUGUUUUACAUGACCAUGUAGUUCAAAGCAAGAGAGAGGCUUUUGCCUGCGUUAUGUUCUUGGAAAGUUUCUCACUAAGUUAGUAGGGUGCCUUGUUGAUUUAGUAUGAUUCCAUCUGUCGAGUUUAGUUAGCUUCUAUCAUAGUCUCUUAUGGGUUGUUCUCUCCUUUCAUUUUAUCCUUUGCCUCAUAGUUUACUACUAUGCUUCCUUUUUAUAUGGCUUUUAGACUCCGGGUUAAUCUUGUCUUCGGCCGUCUUAUGUUUGUAAUCAUCACAAUCUAAAGACGCGGAUUAGAAAAGGGUCUUGUGAUCUAGUGUAUUCAAUGUGGAGGUAAAGUUUUGUUGAUUUCAAAAUUCAAACUAUAAUGGAAUUUAGGGUUUGUAA